AUGGCUUCAUCACCAUUAAUAUUCACAGUGAGGAGGUUCCAACAAGAGUUGGGGCUUCCAGCUUCUUCAACUCCACGAGAAGUUAAACUACUAUCUGACAUAGAUGAUCAACAAGGUUUACGUUUCAAUAUUCCAUUCAUAUUUAUCUAUCUCCGCGAACCAUCGAUGGCGGAAAAAGAUCCGGUUGAAGUUCUGAGAAAUGCACUGUCAGAAACGCUUGUGUAUUACUAUCCAUUAGCGGGAAGGAUUAAAGAGGGUGCUGGACGCAAGUUGAUGGUUGAUUGUACUGGUGAAGGUGUCAUGUUCAUUGGAGCUGAAGCUGAUGUAACACUUGAUCAAUUUGGUGACUCUCUCCAUCCACCAUUCCCAUGCCUCCAAGAACUUCUCUAUGAUGUUACUGGCUCAGAACUAAUUAUUGACCGUCCCAUUCGACUCAUACAAGUGACACGUUUCAAGUGCGGUGGUUUCAUAAUAGCAAUAAAUUGGAACCAUAUAAUGGGCGAUGCAUCUGGUUUAAAACAGUUGAUGAAUGCUUGGGCAGAAAUGGCUCGAGGAGCACAUCAACCUUCCAUUCAACCUGUGUGGCAUAGAGAGAUCCUCAUGGCAAGAGAUCCACCACGCAUUACAUGCAACCAUCGUGAAUACGAACAAAUACUUCCACCAAAUAAUACCAUCAAGGAAGAAGAUACUACUACUACUACCAUAGUUCAUCAAUCUUUCUGUUUUAGACCUUCAGACAUAGCUGCAAUUCAUCUUUUGGUUCCAUUCCAAUGUACCUCAUUUGAGCUUAUAGCUGCAAGUUUCUGGUACUGUCGCACAAAAGCAUUACAGUUAGAGCCAGAGAAAGAUGUACGAAUAAUGUGUCUCAUCAAUGCACGUUCAAGGUUUAACAAUAAUCAUUCAUCUUUUGUUGGAUAUUACGGUAAUUGUGUUGCUUAUCCGGCUGCUGUCACCACCGCAGGGAAGCUUUGCGGGGACUCACUAGCUUAUGCAGUGAAGUUGAUAAGAAAUUUAAAAGCUCAAGUUACAGAAGAAUACAUGAAAUCUGUGGCAGAUCUUAUGGUUAUUAAGGAACGAUGUUCAUAUACAACGGUAAGGUCUUGUGUUAUUUCAGAUUUGACUCGUGCUAACUUUGAAGAAGUGAAUUUUGGAUGGGGCGAAGGAGUGUAUGGUGGAAUAGCAAAAGGUGGGGCUGGUUCGUUUCAUGGAGCAAGUUAUAUUGUUGCACAUAAGAAUGCAAAAGGAGAAGAAUGUUUGAUAUUGUCAGUUUGUUUGCCUUUGGAAGACAUGAGAAGAUUUAAAAAAGAGUUAGAUGAGAUAAUUGGUAACCAGAAUCAACCAAUAAUGAGUGUUCAUAGUUUUGUCAAGUCUACCUUAUAG